AUGGAUCAUUCAAACCAUGAUACUAACUGCAAUUCGAAUCCACAUAAUAACUUGGAUAAUUUUACACUGAAAACUUGUUUAAAACUAACUGAAGGACGUAAAGGUUUGCUGGAAAGGAAUGUUUCCAAGCAUAACCGACUAAAAGCUGAGAUGAGAGAUAUGCAUAUAGAAUUGGAAAAUCUCCAACACACGACAGCUGAAACAAAAAAAUGUUAUGAUCAGUCUUAUAAUGAUGUCAAUCGUGACUUUGAAGAGAAAUCAUUGAAGUGUAAUGAAAUAUUGAAUACAAUAGAUGAGUUAGAACGAACUAACCAAGAAUUGCAGUGCAAUAUACAAUCUAACACGACUAAAGAAAUACAGAUGAUUGAAAAAAUAAAGAAAUUGGAAUGUUUCUGUGCAGAAACGUUAGAAGACAAUAAUAAACAUCAAGAUACAAUUCAUAACGAAAAGGAAACUGCUAAGUUACUGAAACGGCAAUUAUGUGACUUGGAGGACAUGAUAGUUUGUAAGACAGCAGAAGCGAAUAAAUUGCGUUGCAUCUUGACCGAUAAAGAGGCAGCUUUGCAUUUUGAGAACAAAAGGCUAAUUGAGACGCAACAGCAGAAUUCUACCUGCAAUCGAAUUGUCAAGGCAUUAGCGGCUGACUGUCAGAACAGGGAAGCAGAACUGGUUGCGUUGAGAAAAGAGGCUCCUGAGCGACUGGCCCGAGCAGAACAGUGUGCAGAUGUUGUCUGCCAGGAUCUGGCCACAGUGAGUACCAAAGCGGCUAACUGGAAGAAUGAGGCUGAACAAUCUAUCAACAUUCUCAAUGAAAUGAAAGCAUCCAGUGAAGCAGACAUUUGUUAUGCACGGUCCAUGCUAGGAGAAACCAUUAUCGAUCGUGACCUAUUGAUCAAGCAGCAAUUGGAUACAUCAAGCCAUCUCGAAGAAACAAUAUCCAAAAACCUUCGGCUGGCGGCUGAUGCUAAAACUGUGGUCGACCGGAAGGCCGGUCUAGUGGCUGAUGUUGAACGGCUGGAACAGAGACUUGGCUGUGACCGACUUGCGCUGGUGGUACAGCGGACAAAGUGCGAUGCCGAUGCCGUUAUGCAUGAGGAUGAUAUGACAGUCAAAUGGCAUACACUUGCGUCGAUCGAGAAUGAGGUGGUGGUGCUGAGGCAGGCGUGCCAAGACCGUGAAUCAGCGAUCAGUGAUGUCAAGCGAAAACUCGAUGCUAGUUGUUCGUCCGGGUGA